UUCAUAUCAAUUUUAAUCCAAAAUGGACUCAUUUGAUUUAUUUAAACAAUUAACAAGAGGCACAAAAUUCACAAAAAGAAAACCUGCUACUGAAAAAGAAAUAAAGGCGCGGGAUGAACCUAAAGUUUUGAAAGAAACUCAAGACGAUGAAAAAUAUGCUAAACAACAAAUAAAGCUUGAAGCUGAGGAAUCCGAUGAAGAAACUACAUUUCAAUUGCUUGAGGGUUCUCAACUUGAGCCGGCGAAAAAGAAAAAAAAGUCAGCACUUAGCGAAGCAGAACAAGCGAAAAGAUUGCAGGAAGAAAUGUUAGCAACAUUACGCAAAGACAAACGUAUCACAGUGCUUGGUAAAAAUAUACCUCCUCCAAUUAUAAGUUUUGAAGAAUUGCACACGAACUAUAAUAUCUCUCAACGCCUGUUAGCCAACUUGUGUGCUUAUAACUAUCCUCAGCCAACGCCUAUACAAAUGCAGUCAAUACCAAUUAUGUUACAAGGACGUCCACUUAUGGCUUGUGCUCCCACUGGUUCGGGUAAAACAAUAGCUUUUCUAACUCCCAUCAUUCAUGACUUACGUGCACCGCAAAAAGUUGGGUUUCGUGCAAUUGUGCUAGCACCGACACGUGAAUUGGCUAAACAAAUUUACAGGGAAUGCGUGCGUCUUGCAGAGAAGACUGCUCUUAGAGUACAUAUUAUCAGCAAAGUAAAUCAGGCUGAACAAAAGUUUAGCGCAAUUGGUAAUAAGAAAUGUGAUAUACUCAUAUCAACACCAAAUCGUAUAAGAUAUUUGCUACAACAAGAGCCACCGCUCAUCGAUCUGAAAAGUAUCGAAUGGAUAGUAAUUGACGAAGCAGAUCGUUUAAUGGAGGAAGGGCAGAAUAAUUUUAAGGAUCAAGUGGAUGAUAUUAUUGAAGCUUGCACAAAUUCUAAAAAGAAAUUAGCUUUAUUUAGUGCAACGUACACAGUGCCAGUAGCUAAGUGGGCUUUAAAGAAUUUGAAAAAUUUAGCACGCGUUACAGUGGGUCUGCAAAAUUCUGCUACAGAAACUGUAGAACAGGAGUUACUUUUUGUUGGUUCUGAAAGUGGUAAACUAUUGGCGGUACGUGAUUUGGUACGCGCUGGUUUGAAGCCACCAGUUUUAGUAUUUGUACAGAGUAAGGAUCGAGCUAAGCAACUAUUUCAAGAACUGCUCUACGAUGGCAUCAAUGUAGAUGUCAUACAUGCUGAUCGUACACAGCAGCAGCGUGAUAAUUGUGUACGUGCCUUCCGUGAAGGUGGGAUUUGGGUACUAAUAUGUACAGAGUUAAUGGGUCGAGGUAUAGAUUUCAAAGGUGUCAAUCUUGUUAUAAACUAUGAUUUUCCACCUUCAAUUAUAUCUUACAUACAUCGCAUUGGCAGAACAGGUAGAGCUGGACGCACUGGUAAAGCAAUCACAUUCUUUACACAAAAUGACACACCAAAUUUAAGAAGCAUUGCUCAUAUUAUAAAAAACUCAGGCGGUAAAGUUCCCGAAUUUAUGCUGACUAUGAAGAAGUUAAGGAAAAGUGAAAAGAAGAGACUGGCCAAUGCUGCACCGAAACGUGAUGAGAUUUCUACACAAAUUAAGCACCAGACCGAGCGUCAUAAUAAACUACAAAAAGUCGAGAAGGUUUUAGAGAAGAAAAGUAAAACAUUGAAAAAUGUUAAAAGCAAAGUGAAUUCAGCCAAAACUGAGAAAAAAUUAGAAAAAGUUAAAAAAUUAAAAACUAUAAACAAAUCGUUAAAACAAGUCACAAAGGUGACAAAAAACAAAAAGAAAAAACUUACGACUUAG